UGUGGCAGUGCAAGCAUUGUGUCACUAGAGAGAGUCGUCCACACAAUGGCCCAGCCCAUAAGACUGAAGGUUAUCCUUGGUGAAGAUGAUGCCAGGAAGCUAAUUCUGCCAGCAGGGAUACCGGACUCCAUACAGGAAUUGUGCCAGACAAUGAAGACCAGUUUUGGAUUGCAAGAAGAUUUUCGGCUUCAAUAUCAAGAUGCUGAUUUUGGAAAUGAGUUCGUAAACCUGUUGGUGACCUCCGAAAUACAUGACAAAGCAACUAUAAAGGUUGUAUACUUGGGUAUUCACAACAAUGAUGACACAAUGACACGUCAACCUCUAGCAGUCCAAGGAUCAACAGAUUCAUUGUCAGUCUCCUCGGUUGAAACAGAUAAUACAGAGCCCACUUCAUCUUCAGGUUCAUCACCAUCUACAAGGCUGUCAGUUUGGCCAAGUGUCUUCACAAUCCCUAGUUUCAACUAUGACGCUGAACUGCAACUUGACAAGGCCAAUACUGAGUGCAGUGUUAGUGGAACUCAUUUGAGCCCCUCACCGAAACUGAAAUCACACGUUUUGGAGAAACUGGCCGAAGAAAUCAUUAAAUUCAAAGCCUACCCAACUGACAAUGAUCUGAAUGAUGUUGCAGAAGCUCUUGUGAAAAAGCAUCCAUGUCUGAAGGAGCAGGGAUCCUUCAAUGGCUGUUAUGGGUGGAAGAUUAGCCUCAAGUAUAAGAUGGCCAACUUCAGGACCAAACUAAGAGGCCUUGGAUGUCAUGAGGUGACCAUAAAUUCACUGAAGAACAAGGCCCAAGACAAAGCAGCCUUGAAUGUGAAAAAGCCCAGAAGGGCAGAAGUCAAUUACUGUCCACAGCAUCCAAAAGGAGAAACGACGGACACUCUGGAAAACGAGAGAAUUGCACUGCUUUCAGAGAUUAAGAAGAGAAACAAUGACCAUGUAGUGGCACUGAAAAUGGAAAAGACUUUCUCAUAUAGAAGACAAGAAGUUCUUCAAGGACAGCCUCUCAUUGCAGACUUCAAAAGCAGAUGGCCAGUUCUGUUCACUCAGAAAGAGAUCGACAACAAGUUCAUGCGCAUAUCAACUGUACCUCUGUUGUCUGCAUUCUUUGCUGAGCUCGACCAACACUCUCCACACAUGAUGGAGCUCUUUGGAGGGAAAGGUGGAGCGGCUGGGAAAAAAAUUAGACAUAUCAUGGUGGCCAUUUCCAAGGAUGACACAAUACAUACAAGAUGAGCAUGCAUCCUCAAGUCCUUGUGCAUCUGCCUGAGCGAAGACCAUGAGAAACUCGUGAAGGAAUAUAUGGACACAGAUACUGAGGCCAACACUUCAAUGGAGCAAACUGUGAUGGGAGUGUACAUCAUACAGAAGUAGGCAGACCCUGGAGAUGAUCCAGAGGACAUCGGUGUCCUGAUUGAAGGUGUGGAGGUCCUCAGUCGUUUGGGGGACACUGUGAUUGCCUGUGCUCUGUUAUUUGGACUGAUAUACUGUCUGAACCUGAGCUACCCACCCGAGCUCAAAUGUACUUUUGAAGUCCUGCAGAAGCUUCUACUGAAGCUGGAUGGGCAGAGGUUGUCAUCCAAGGCACAGUUCCUGAAAAACAAGCUUAUAGGGUGAAUAGGCUUGAAGAAGACUGAUUCAAGCAUGGCAUUUGUCCACAUCUCCGCCAAUGCAGAUUUUUGUUUUUGAAAGUUCAGAAUUAGAAGAAAAAUGUUCCAACAGACAAUUUAGUUUGCACAAUGGACUGAAAUUAAGAUUGUCGUCUCAUAUGUUAAAAAUGGAGAUGACACAGAACAGUGUUUUUGAACACACAUUCAGACUGGUUUUACUAGAUGGACAGUUGUGGCUGGAGCAGUUGUAUUCAUACGGGUUUUCAAAAACAGUUUCUGUGAGUGGCGCAGUCAUACUUGCACUUUGAGCUCCUAAAGUUGAGUAUUAUUUACAAAGAUUUUCUGACAUUCCUUUGACAGUAAUUUUUCACCAUUUCUGAUUUAAAAACAAAAAACAGUGCACGUGUUGAUUGUAAUGAUUCAGUGUUUAAAAUGAUAACAUGCGUAUUUUUAUAGUUAUGCACACAUUUCAUUUUUACAAACGUUUGAAGUUUAGUUGUUGCACUUAAAAUUUUAAAACUUGAAAUGACA